AUCGUAAGAAAUUCCUGUGAAAUGCUUUGAAGAACCAAUGCAUUUUAAUUUACUAGGAAAAGUGUAGAUCUAAAGUCGUCAUAUUUCUAAGUUGAAAUGGGCAUCAAUGACAUUUUAUGUAGCGUCAAUCCGGAUGAGGUGUCUCGUAUGUACUACGCUGACGGCCGCAUUCAUAUAAGAAAGAAUCGGAUUGGCUUGUGCUUGGACGAGGGUCGCCGCCUACAGGCAACCGACAUGGACCACCUCCACCGCUUGCCUCCGCCUCUCGCCAGCUUCGCCGCCUCAUGGUCUUUGCCUUGGCAACCUCAGGAAGCGGACGGAGUCGCGACGGCGGAGGAGCUGAAGCAAGCGCUCCUCCGGACGACCCUAGAGCUCGAGUCCACUCGCGCCACGGCCAAGGAGGAGCUCCGGAGGAUGGAGUCCCGGGGCCUCCACCUCUCCCGCCUGCUCGAGGCCGCCACCCGAGAGCGCGACGAGGCCCGCCACGCCCUCCUCCUCCUCCUCCUUCACCACACCGACCGCGGUCAACCACUCCAGGAACCCAAGCCCAACCUCGGCCCCAACUUGGCUUUGGACGAGGGGACUGACGUCGCGGAGGCGGCGGCGGCGGCGGCUGCUACUGCUGCCGCGGAGCACGUGGUUGAGAGAAGCAACCGGGCGUCUUCGGCGGUGGCGGAGGUGGAGUUGGCGGCAGUGAGGAGGGGCCUGCCGGAAAAGGGGCGACUGGUGGAGGCGGUGAUGGGUGCGGGGCCGCUGCUGUUGUUGGGUCCAGUCCAUAUAUAUAUGAAUUUGGAUAAUUAGGCCUAUUGAGCCCAAAUCAGCAAAUGAAAUAAAUUAAAAACAAAAAAGAGAAGACGAGGAAAAUAGAUCAGAAUGCCCGUGCAGCGUGCGGCGUGCGGCGACAUGCAGAGAAAAGAGGAAAGAGAAAUAAAGAGAAAAAAAUAAAAUUUCUGAGUUUUUUACUUGACGAUCAGUAGCCAAAUAUUAUCAGUUUCGGUCUAAAUUUUAUGUGGAAAAUCCUUGCAGCAAACUCUACAAUCCUAACG